GUGUAGUGGAGCUCGUGUGUUCGUGUCUGUAUUUAUGAAGUAAAAUGGCUGAAGCCAGAUAUUUUCAGGAUGACUUCUCAUGUCCAGUGUGUCUGGAUCUCCUGAAGGAUCCAGUGACCAUCCAGUGUGGACACAGUUACUGUAAGAUCUGUAUUACAGACUGCUGGGAUCAGGAGGAUCAGAAGAGAGUCUACAGUUGUCCUCAGUGCAGACAGACUUUCAGUCCAAGACCUGCUUUAUCUAGAAACACCAUGCUGGCUGAAGUGGUGGAGAAACUGAAGAAGAGGAAACGUCCUGAUGACUGUGAUGCUGGAGAUGUAGAUGUGCAGUGUGAUGUCUGUACUGGAAGAAACCACAAAGCUGUCAAGUCCUGUCUGGUGUGUCUGAACUCUUACUGUCAGAAUCACCUUGAACAACAUGAGAUUUGGUUUAGAGGAAAGAGACACAAUUUGACAGAAGCCACUGGACGACUGCAGGAGAUGAUCUGCCAGAAACAUGACAAGCUCCUUGAAGUUUUCUGUCGCACUGAUCAGAAAUAUAUAUGUGUGCUGUGUACAAUUAUUGAACAUAAAAACCAUGACACUGUAUCAGCUGCAGCACAGAGGACAGAGAAACAGAAGGAGCUGAAGGAGUCACAGAAGAUGCUCCAGCAGAGAAUCCAGCAGAGAGAGAAAGAUCUCCAGCAGCUGAGAGAGACUGUGGAGUCUCAUAAGCGCUCUGCACAGACAGCAGUGGAGGACAGUGAGAGGAUCUUUACUGAGCUCAUCCGCUCCAUUAAGAGAAGCCGCUCUGAGCUGAUACGACUGAUCAGAGAUCAGGAAAAGACUGCAGUGAGUCCAGCUGAAGAACGACUGGAGCGACUGGAGCAGGAGAUCAAUGAUCUGAGGAGGAGAGACGCUGAGCUGGAGCAGCUUUCACACACACAGGAUCACAUCCAGUUUCUGCAGAGUUUCCAGUCUCUCUCAGCACCUCCUGAAUCUACAGACGUAAAUGAUGAUCUCUUCAGUUCUCUCGUCUCUUCUGAUGGUCUGAGAGAAUCUGUCCAUCAGCUGAGAGACAAACUGGAGGAUUUCUGCAAAGAGGAGCUCAAGAAGAUCUCAGACAGAGUCACAUUCACCAACAUUGUUCCCAGAACCAGGAAGGACUUCCUACAAUAUUCCCAUCAGCUCACUCUGGAUCUGAACACAGUGAAUAAACACCUCCGUCUUUCUGAGAACAACAAAGUGAUUACUGUCACUUACACAGUCCAGCCGUAUCCUGAUCAUCCAGACAGAUUUGAUGUGUAUCGUCAGGUGUUAUGUAGAGAGAGUGUGUGCGGACGCUGUUACUGGGAGCUGGAGUGGAGUGGACAUUAUGGUGUGCGUAUAUCAGUGUCAUAUAAGAGCAUCAGCAGGAAGGGAGGUGUUGAAUGCUUAUUUGGAUCUAAUGAUCAGUCCUGGAGUUUGAUCUGCUUUCCUUCCAGAUACUCAUUCUGGCACAAUAACAUACACACUGUUAUCCCUGUAGAGUCCAUCAGCAGUAGAAUAGGAGUGUUUGUGGAUCACAGAGCAGGAACUCUGUCCUUCUACAGCGUCUCUGACACAAUGAGCCUCAUCCACACAGUCCAGACCACAUUCACUCAGCCGCUCUAUCCUGGGUUUGGGUUUGGAUCCGGAUCAUCAGUGAAACUGUGUUGAGGAAUCAGAAUAGACUGAUGACAGAUUCUACCCAUAAUUCUUUGAGCUGCAUGAUAAAGCAGUAACAGUGGGAUGUUAUAGAGUCUCUCCUUUUCUCUUCAAGACAUUAGUACUGCAGCUGAACUUCAGUCACUGAAAUAACGUCAGGAUAAAUGUGUGUAAUAAAUCCUCUCAUAGACAGUAAGAUCAGUAUGUGUGUGUGUGUGUGUGUGAGUCCUCCUGAGGGACCAUGUGUUUCUGUGCUUUUCUUAACAUCUGUUUGUGUUGAUUUAGUUGAUGUAUUGUCACAUCAAGCAUUUAUAAUAUUACUAACAUUAUACCCUUUCAGUUCAAAUGAUCACAGACAACAAAUCAAUUUCACCACUCACCUUAUGGAGCUCCGGCCCUUUCCAGUGUUUUGUGUUCUUGUGUCACUAGUCGCUGUAUUAUGAACUGUGUAAUUAUUUUUUUUAUUUUUAGGUUACAGCUUAUUAAUAAUUUAUUCUACUAUAGUUCAGCUGUUGAAAUUGUGUGUAUGUGUGUGUUAGGCAUGGGAUGAUUGCUGGUAUCGAGGUAUACCACGAUUAAAAAAUUUCACAGUUUCAAAAGUCAAGUCAAGUCAAGUCACCUUUAUUAAUAUAGCACUUUUAAACAAAAUACAUUGCGUCAAAGCAACUGAACAACAUUCAUUAGGAAAACAGUGUGUCAAUAAUGCAAAAUGAUAGUUAAAGGCAGUUCAUCAUUGAUAUUUUACCUUGUAUAAGAUACAAUGUUUUAAUUUGCAAAAAAAAAA